GGAGUUUUGUUUGGCACCGAUUUAGACCUUUUUAAGUCAGUGUGAGUGGGAAUAACUUCUGAUACACUGGUUGCUUCUGGCGAACAUUGUCUAUAUUCUUAUUUCUGUUGGAAGAAGGAAAAGCGUAUGGUACUAGAGCACAGAGGCUAUGGGAGCCCAGGAAAUGUGUCAGUUUGAUUCCGCAGUAGGAUUUGUUGUAGUAUUUUUGAGUUGUGAUGGUUAUGAUGCAUUAAUAGAAUUUUCCUCUUGGGUAAACUGCAGUCCAACUCAGAAUCUUGAUAUUUGCUCCUUGCACUUGAGAGUUGAAGGAAAUUGUAGCUUAAUUGCUGCUCCAACAUGACCUCAGAGUUUUUCAAGUACUCAUUGGUAUAAAUUCUUUUUAAUAGGGCUAUUUGUGAAGAUGAGGGACUGUGGCGUUCCGAUUUCCAUUCUCAGGAAAAUCUGGAGUCUACCUCCUUCCCCAAAUUGGAUGUGUGGUGAUGCUUUAUAGGACACGUCUCUAGAAUGGUGCCAGUUUGGAACUGUGCUCAAGCCACUCAUCUUCAUACCGUGGUCUCUAUAGCAGCCCAUGGACUAAAGCAGCACUUUGGACAGAGACUUGUCCAGCCAUAGCUGGCGUGGAGGCCCGGUGUACUGCAUGGUGGUGCACGUUGAGGUGGGCGAUAAAGUGAAGAUGAAGUCCUCGGUACAUUCUGAAGAGGAUGAUUUUGUUCCAGAACUACAUAGAAAUGUUCACCCUCGAGAGCGGCCUGAUUGGGAAGAAACACUUAGCACAAUGGCAAGAGGAGCAGAUGUUCCAGAGAUUCCUGGAGAUCUUAGUCUUAAGACAUGUGGCAGUACAGCCAGUAUGAAGGUUAAACAUGUGAAAAAACCCACCAAUCCAGGACUGAUGGGCUGCGACAACAUUCACAGGUUACCCUUCACUAAAGGUCACUUUCCGAAGAUGGCUGAAUGUGCACAUUUCCAUUAUGAGAACGUUGAGUUUGGCAGCAUACAGCUGUCCCUUUCAGAAGAACAGAAUGAAGUAACGAAAAAUGGCUGUGAAUCUAAAGAGCUGGUCUACCUCGUGCACAUUGCUUGUCAGGGCAAAAGUUGGAUUGUUAAAAGAAGUUAUGAAGACUUUCGGGUACUUGAUAAACAUCUUCAUUUAUGUAUUUAUGACCGACGAUUUUCCCAACUCUCAGAGCUUCCCCGUUCUGAUGUCCUGAAGGACAGUCCAGAGUCUGUUACUCAGAUGCUUAUGGCUUACCUAUCCCGCCUUUCAGCUAUUGCUGGCAACAAGAUCAAUUGUGGACCUGCCCUUACUUGGAUGGAGAUUGAUAAUAAGGGAAAUCAUCUUCUAGUUCAUGAGGAAUCAUCCAUUAACACUCCUGCUGUUGGUGCUGCCCACGUUAUCAAGAGGUAUACUGCUCGGGCCCCUGACGAACUGACUUUAGAGGUGGGAGACAUCGUUUCUGUUAUUGACAUGCCCCCAAAAGUGUUAAGUACGUGGUGGAGAGGCAAGCAUGGAUUUCAGGUGGGACUCUUCCCUGGACACUGUGUUGAGUUAAUUAAUCAGAAAGUUCCCCAGUCAGUGACCAACUCAGUGCCAAAACCAGUGUCUAAAAAGCACGGCAAGCUCAUUACUUUCUUACGCACAUUCAUGAAGUCUCGUCCAACAAAACAGAAGCUGAAGCAGCGGGGGAUUUUGAAAGAGAGGGUGUUUGGUUGUGACUUGGGGGAGCACCUUCUGAAUUCUGGUUUUGAAGUGCCCCAGGUUCUUCAGAGCUGUACAGCAUUCAUUGAGAGAUAUGGGAUCGUGGAUGGAAUAUAUCGUCUCUCUGGCGUUGCCUCUAAUAUCCAGAGACUACGCCACGAGUUUGACUCUGAACAUGUCCCCGACCUGACAAAAGAACCAUAUGUUCAAGACAUCCAUUCUGUGGGUUCCCUCUGUAAGCUAUAUUUUCGAGAGCUCCCAAACCCUCUGCUCACGUACCAGCUGUAUGAGAAAUUUUCUGAUGCUGUCUCAGCAGCAACAGAUGAAGAAAGGCUGAUAAAAAUUCAUGACGUCAUCCAGCAACUCCCUCCUCCGCACUACAGAACGCUGGAGUUCCUGAUGAGACACUUGUCCCUUCUAGCUGACUAUUGUUCCAUCACAAAUAUGCAUGCAAAAAACCUAGCAAUUGUUUGGGCUCCGAACCUGCUAAGAUCAAAACAGAUAGAAUCUGCUUGCUUCAGCGGAACAGCAGCUUUCAUGGAAGUAAGAAUUCAGUCUGUGGUGGUUGAAUUCAUCCUGAAUCAUGUAGAUGUCCUCUUCAGUGGGAAAAUCAGUGCUGUCAUUCAGGACGGGGCAGCUUCUCUAUCAAGACCCAAGUCCCUGCUGGUUUCCUCUCCAUCCACCAAGCUGCUGACCUUGGAGGAAGCCCAGGCACGGACGCAAGCUCAGGUCAGCUCUCCAAUUGUGACUGAAAAUAAAUACAUCGAAGUAGGAGAAGGACCGGCUGCACUUCAGGGAAAGUUUCAUACCAUAAUUGAGUUCCCACUUGAAAGGAGGAGGCCUCAAAAUAAAAUGAAAAAAUCUCCUGUGGGCAGUUGGCGUUCCUUUUUCAACUUGGGGAAAUCAUCAUCUGUCUCUAAGCGGAAGUUGCAGCGGAACGAGAGUGAGCCUUCCGAGAUGAAAGCCAUGGCUCUUAAAGGUGGCAGGGCCGAAGGAACCCUCCGUUCAGCUAAAAGUGAAGAAUCUCUUACUUCUCUCCAUGCAGUCGACGGUGAUUCCAAGCUGUUUCGACCCAGAAGACCCAGAUCUAGCAGUGAUGCACUGAGCGCCUCUUUUAACGGAGAAAUGCUGGGGAACCGCUGUAAUUCCUAUGAUAAUCUGCCCCAUGACAAUGAGAGUGAGGAGGAAGUAGGGCUGCUCCAUAUUCCAGCUCUUAUGUCUCCCCACACAGCUGAGGAUGUUGACUUGAGCCCGCCAGACAUUGGCGUCGCCAGCCUGGAUUUUGAUCCCAUGUCAUUUCAGUGCAGCCCCCCUAAGCCUGAAUCAGAGUGUCUGGAGAGUGGGGCUUCCUUUUUUGACUCCUUAGGAUACUCCCAGGAGAAACCGAGCACCAACAAAAAGGAUACAGAAGCAGGUGGUAGCCAGUCUCAGACUCCAGGAAGCACUGCAAGUUCUGAAGCUGUCUCUCCUCUUCAGGAGAAACUGAGUCCAUUCUUUACCUUAGACUUGAGUCCAACCGAAGAAAAAUCAUCCAAGCCAUCCUCAUUCACUGAAAAGGUCGUCUAUGCUUUCUCUCCAAAGAUUGGACGGAAGUUAAGCAAAUCACCUUCUAUGAAUAUAUCUGAGCCAAUUUCAGUUACUCUUCCCACUCGGGUAUCGGAAGUCAUGGGGACAGUGUCAAAUACAGCAACUCCAAAUGCAUCUUCUCCAACCUGGAACAAAAGUGCUGAAGACAGUGAUGUCAUAAACAGAUCCCCCACCCAGGUAGUAAAGAUGAAAACAAGUGAGAAAGAGGCCCAAGAAGGAUGUGAGUCUGAAGCCCAGCCCCUAGACCAGGGGGCUGCUGCAGAAGUAGAAUCGCCAGGGAAAGAGGAGCAGGUCGUCUCGAGCAGUCAGAGUAAGGCUGUACCUUCUGGACAGACUCAGACAGGAGCAGUUUCCCAUGACCCCCCUCAGGAGUCCGUUCCUGUCAGUUCAGUCUCUCUUAUCCCACCACCACCGCCUCCGAAAAACGUUGCCCGCCUGUUGGCGCUGGCAUUAGCUGAGUCUGCGCAGCAAGCCUCAACUCAGUCACUGAAGAGACCAGGGACUUCUCAGGCUGCUUAUACAAACUAUGGAGACCUAGCAGUAGCUGCACCGGAAGAUCACCUGCCUAGCUCCUACUCUAGCGUUACUCUAGAUAAAGCCUAUUUCCAAACUGAUAGGCCAGCAGAGGAGUUCCACCUCCAGAGCAGUGUAUCGGGGAACUGUGACCAGCCCACGCCAGAGACAGCCACCAUUGGGAGCCACACUCAUGCCAGUGCGACUGAAUCUGGGGAACAGCUGCACCAGGUUGACUUCCCAGGGAAUCAUCCACAUCGGACCUAUUUAUCUGGGGACCCAGAAAAGGCCAGAAUCACUUCAGUUCCCUUAACAGACUCCAAGUCUGAUGAUCACCUAAGUUUCCCUGAAGCCCAAUCUGGGAAGACCAGUAUGCCAACUGUCUCCUUUCUGGAUCAGGACCAGUCUCAGCUUCAUUUCUACAGCGGAGAUCAGCCUCCUUCUUACCUUGGUGCAUGCGUGGAUAAGCCCCAUCACCCGUCAGAACUUGCAGACAAAUCUCCCACACCUUCUGGUUUGCCUCGGGACAAAAUCUACCCUCCUUCUGGGUCCCCCGAAGAGAAGGCCAGCACGGCCACCGUGGCUUACAUGACAACUGCUCCAGCAACAGCUGAAAUCGGCACCAGGGAGGCCAACUGGGAUGCGGUGGUUGAACAAGGCCCCACCACCGAGUUCGCUGCUGCCACCCUCCAGCGCGCUCCGAGAACUAACCGUCCCCUUCCUCCGCCUCCUUCCCAGAGGCCAGCGGAGCAGCUGCCGGGCCUGGGGCAGGUACAAGCAGCAGCCAGCGUAGGACUGAGUAAUUCCCACAAGGUUCAGGUAGUUCCAGCUCCGGAGAGACCACUUGAACCCAGAGCCAGGGAUGACCCCACACCUGCCCUUGUCAGCGAUGGCAGCGCAGCUGCUCAGUGUCCCGCCUCUGCUCCUGCCGUGCAGCCAAGCCUUCCCGAAAAGUUGCGGGAAGGUGCCCGGGCCCCACCGCUGCACCUGCGUGCUGAGUCUGUCCCCGUGUACCCCUCUUGUGGCUUUCCCGCACCAGCUCCCCCCACCAGGACAAUGGAGAGUAAAAUCGCCGCCGCCGUACACUCCAGCAGCACAGAUGCUCCCAGCACUUCCAGUUACCACCCCUUUGUCACCGCGUCCUCAGCUUCCGUGGACGAUGUUCUCCCUCUACCACUCCCUGUCCCACAGCCCAAGCAUGCUUCUCAGAAAACGACCUACUCCACCUUUGCGAGGCCUGACGUCACCGCCGAACCCUUCGGUCCAGAAAACUGUUUGCAUUUCAGUAUGACUCCAAACUGCCAGUACCGUCCCCAGAGCGUACCUCCACAUCAUAAUAAGUUGGAGCAGCACCAGGUGUAUGGUUCCCGGUCAGAGCCGCCAGCCUCCAUGGGCCCUCGUUAUAACACAUACGUGGCCCCGGGAAGAAACGCGUCCGGACAUCACCCCAAGCCGUGCAGCCGAGUGGAGUACGUGUCUUCCCUGGGCUCCACACUUCGGAGUAGUUGUUACCCUGAAGACAUUCCCUCAUACCCUACCAUCCGGAGGGUGCAGUCUCUCCAUGCCCCUCCGUCUUCCAUGAUCCGCUCCGUUCCCAUUUCACGGACAGAAGUUCCCCCGGAUGAUGAACCGGCCUACUGCCCACGACCCCUGUACCAGUAUAAGCCAUAUCAGUCCUCCCAGGCCCGCUCAGAUUACCACGUCACUCAGCUUCAGCCUUACUUUGAGAACGGUCGGGUCCACUACAGGUACAGCCCAUACUCGAGUUCCUCUAGUUCCUAUUACAGCCCAGAAGGAGCCCUGUGUGACGUGGAUGCGUAUGGCACGGUGCAGCUGAGGCCCCUCCACCGCCUACCCAAUCGCGACUUUGCCUUCUACAACCCUAGGCUGCAAGGAAAGAACUUGUACGGUUACGCUGGUUUGCUCCCGCGCCCCCGGGCCAACAUGACUGGCUAUUUCUCUGGUAAUGACCACAACGUAGUCAACAUGCCUCCGACGGCUGAUGUAAAGCACGCUUACACCUCGUGGGAUCUUGAGGACAUGGAGAAAUACCGCAUGCAAUCCAUCCGGAGAGAGAGCCGCGCUCGGCAGAAGGUGAAGGGGCCCGUUAUGUCCCAGUAUGAUAACAUGAGCCCGGCCGUGCAGGAUGACCUGGGUGGGAUCUAUGUCAUCCACCUCCGUAGUAAAUCCGAUCCUGGGAAAACUGGACUUCUCUCGGUGGCAGAGGGAAAGGACGGGCGGCACACAACCAAAGCCGUCAGCCCCGAAGGAGAGGACCGCUUCUAUAGGAAGCAUCCAGAGCCAGAGUUCGAUAGAGCCCACCACCACGGAGGAUAUGGCAACGGACAGUCAGAGAAACCCACCCUCCCUCAGAAGCAGAGCAGCCUCAGGAACAGGAAGCCUCACGACAUGGGUUGUAGCCUCCCUGAGCACAGGGCACACCAGGACGCAAGCCAUAGGCAGUUAUGUGAGUCAAAAAAUGGGCCACCGUACCCCCAAGGAACUGGCCAGUUAGAUUAUGGGCCCAAAGGGAUUCCAGACGCUUCCGAGCCAGUCAGCUACCAUAACUCUGGAGGGAAAUACAUUCCGUCGGGGCAGGAGUCUCUCAGACUGAACCACAAAGAGGUGAGGCUCUCCAAAGAGCUGGAGAGGCCUCGGGCCAGGCAACCUCCCGCCCCAGAGAAACACUCCAGAGACUGCUACAAGGAGGACGAACAUCUCACCCAGUCCGUCGUCCCACCCCCGAAACCAGAGAGGAGUCAUAGCCUGAAACUCCAUCACACCCAGAAUGUGGAGAGGGACCCCGGUGCGCUCUACCAGUACCAGACACAUGGCAAGCGCCAGAGCAGUAUGACUGUUGUGUCCCAGUAUGAUAACCUGGAGGGCUACCACUCCCCACCCCAGCACCAGCGAGGAGGCUUUGGAGGAGGAGCAAUGGGGACGUACAUGCCCUCUGGCUUUCCCCACCCGCAGAACAGGACAUAUGCUACAGCUUUGGGUCAGGGGGCCUUCCUGCCCACAGAGUUGUCCUUGCAGCACCCUGAAACACAGAUCCAUGCAGAAUGAGCCCUGGAGCAAUAGAGUUGAAGCAGCCUCUGCUGGACAGUGGACUGUUCUAUUUUUUUCAGUAACCAAAAAGAUUAAAAGAAAAAAAAAAGCUACAAUCCACCCUCCCCUGACCACAUUAAAAAAAAAAAAAAAGAAAGAAAAAAAAAUCACCAUCUUUUUCCCUCUUCCCUGCUUCAUUAUCAUUUUCCAUCUCUAGACUGUGAUUUUUGUCAUUAAAAAAGAUCUGAAUGAUUGUAAAGCACUGUGUUGAAAACCUAGUGAAGAAAUUUGUCACAGACCAUACUUGCCAUAUGGGGCUAAUUUGUCAGAGCCUGAGGACUGCCUUUAACUGAAUUUGAAUUUACCUUUGUCCUUCUUAGUAUUUGCUAUAUAGCGCAGAGCGGUUUAUGUCUAGUUCCGGGGUAGGCUUUUGCAUUUUCCGUUGCAUUCCUACUGACAUACUAGCCAUGCAGCUUGCCCAGGUCGACACUCGGUUUUUAUCACUUCAUUCUCCCUGACUUUGAAGGGUCUCGUGUGUUAAAUUAGAACAGAGGAACCCUGAUCCUUCAGAUGAGUCUGUCAGACAAUUAGCACAGUAUAAUUUUUUAAAAAAUAAAUAAAUAAAUAAAGGACUGAAGACUUUAAGCAUCUAAUAAAGAGUCAUCAUAAAAUAUCAGGCCAUUUAGACCCAGACUGAACCAUGUUCUUUACGUUCUUAACUUCUCAGAGUCCUCCCUCGUAGUACAGUGGGCAGGCUGAUGUCAACUGCAGAAGGGAAGGGAUUCUAAAGUCGGGAGUAAAGAAACUUCUUAGGCAGAAGUCGGUGAACUUCAUUAGCACCAUGAAACCCUUUCAGUGCUUCUAACGUGUUGCCUGCCUUCAGUUUUUUUUUUUCCAAUGAUAUUUGGUAAAUUGCAAUCCUAGUAAAACAUUUCAUGCCAUUUGUUCUCCUAAAGCAACUUUUUCUUUUCUUUUCUUUUCCUUUUUUUUUUUUUUUUUUCCAUUGGGGGGAGAAACAAACCCCAGCAUGACUUGACUGGAUAAAUACACAUAAUUUAUCAUGAUUACAAAUUUACAUGUUAAUUUGUGUUUCUGAACCAGAGUACAGGUACCAGUUUCUUGGGAACUCUUAAAGUAGCUAUGAAAUUACUGGUUAGCAAACUGAAAGCCCCUGCAAUAAUUACACGUAGCACACCACCCCCAUUUCACCAGUUGACGUCCUAAGGAAUUCGUGUGCCGUUUGCUCCCUCUGCACUGGAGCGGUCACAAUUUUACUGUAAUUGCCAUUUUUACACCAGCAUUUCAGGUAUAGUUCUUAAAACUCCGUGAGCAUGUUAAACAUGUGGAAUACCCUGGACUUCCUUUUGAAAGUCACAUUCCCGGUUCGACAGCGGUCUGGCCUGACUCCACUCCAUCUCCGCACCAGCCCCCCACCCCCACCCCCAACAUCCACGCCAGACCCACAAGGCAGUCCUAUAUUUACAAACACGUUUAAAUUGUCAUUGCAUUCCAUAACUCUCAAUAAUACUUGAGUUUUAUACAUUCACAUGUUUUAAAAGCGCAGUUUGUAGAAGACACUAGGAGAAUUUCAUUCCAUUUGCUGGAUGAUUGCUGCUCUGGCUUUUUAAGACUUGGAAUUAACUUUUAUUUAGAGCAAAGGAAGAAAUCUUUUAAGAGGCUAAAUUCAUGCUGCUAUUAUUGCUGUGAAAUUGUAUAAAGAUUAGGAUUCAUGCCAGUUCUUUUUUUUUUAUUAUUAUUUAAAAGAAAAUCAUGUGAUUGCAUUUUAAGGGUUUAUAUUUAGAAAAAAAAAUAAAGUUUUAAGAACACAGUUAUUUAUAUGUGGAAAUACUCUAUAAGGUUUUCUUUUGUUUACCCAGAGAAAUUCAUUCAAUAAGGAUCAUGGUAGCAGCCCUGACAUACUGACCUGUGGAAGGUCUAGGAAAUGUCUCUACAUUACAUAUGCAGACCCAGUGGGAAUAGAAUCACAGUGUUAGGGAACCUGAUAGGAUCCUUCACACAAACACAUCAAGUGCUAUAUACAGGAGUUUGAUCUUUGGCGAAUAUGCAGCACUAACUUUUUUUUUUUUUUUUAACCUUAACCAUCUUUGUGUCACGUAGGCAACCCAUCGCCCCUCUGAGAUCACACAAGCCCUGUAAGUUCUCACCAGCAGCAUGGAGUGUAGGAAGGAGCCAGUAUGACGAGGAGGUACAGAAGGAGUUAGGAACUGGGAUCCCAGAAGGAAGCGGCUGAAGGAGUCCUGUCUAAUUUUAAUAUUUGUGGAUUUGUUGUCACACACAUUGUUUACUCCUGAACCUAAGUCUCUUUUAUGAAGACGGAGGUUAAUUCCUCAGAACCAGUACUUUAUUAAUGUCCUGUGGGCUUAGAAAUAUCAGGUGGAUAUUUUGAAUACAGAAUAACAACUCAAAUUUACUGGUAUAAUCGUGAAACACCGGCUUUAGGUAAAAUCUAGAGUUGUUCCAUUUAAUGUACGUAGUGACAGCCUUAACUUUGGAUUCAGUUUUUUUGAGGGACUUUGCCUGUAUCUUUCCCUUUCUAAUACUGUAGGGUAGAAACCUUGUGGCAGGUUACUGUGAGCCAGGCUAACUCAGCACAGUUCACAUGGUGUGUGACUUCGCAAACAGUUAACAGUUCAAAUUUUGACAUGGAGCAUUAUGAUCAAGGAAAUGGAGCUGCCUUAUGCAUUAGACCCAUAAUUUAAUUCUAUUGGUAUUUUCAUAGCUGUGUCUCCAGAUUGUAUCUUUUUGGCAAAAUUCUGAUGUCACAGUUUGGUUUGAUUGAAACAAAUACUCCCUGGAUGUCUGGCCAGAGACUUUGCUAACAGCCCCAGAGGUGCCACUUUCUUACUAAUUUCAUCUGAGCCUUAUUGCUUUAAUGUAUUCAGUUUGCUUUUAAAGACGCAAAUCCCCAGGAUGGUCCCACCAAUAGGGCCUGCACAUUUUUAGAAUGGCAAAGCAUUUUUUAAAAGUUAGGGUCAGGUUGAAAACUUCUAAGACGACUCUGUUAAAGAGGGACCGUCAGAUUGGGAAUGGAGAUAGAAGGGUAGGUAACCACAUUUGAAGUGGCAAUAGAUGCAUACGAUGUAAAUUGGAAAUUUGCCCCUUGAGUGAUAAAAGGAGCCUGCAGGGUCCAUAUAUCUGUUCCCCGCUUUGUUUGUCAAUCAUCCUUCAUUAUGUUGGCAAAGUAUCAUCUGAGCAAUGUGUGUAAGGAAAUUAUAAUGAAAGCAAAAGUAUGUCAGAAAAGUUACUUCCAAAUGGUUAGAGGCAUGUGAUUUUCAGUACUGUGUGUUACGGAAACGUCAGGAAUGGUAUAUUUUAAUGUCAGUGUGCACAGAGGGUCUUUUUUCCUUUUCUGAUUAGUAACUGUUAGUGUUCAAAGAAUAAAAAUGGUUGUUUUACAGUUUAGAUUCUAAGGUAGCAAAACCUGAUUUUUCAGCCAUGACCUGCAUGAGAGAAGCAUCCUAGGAAGUCUUAGAUCAUACCUUUGAGUUCUUAACUUUAAUUUAUAUAGUGUUUUUUUUAUGUUUUAAUAUUUUUGUGAACUGGUGUAAAUUGUUAAUGCAUAUAAGCUUGUGUAUUUUUGUAAAUAGUUUUGUGAUUUAUUUCUUGACCCAUAUGUAAAUAUUUAGAGUCUCAUUUCUUCAAAACUUAUUUGAAGCUGAGUUGUGGGCUUGGGGUUUUGUUUGUUUCUUUGUUUUGGUUGGGGGAGGGGGGAGAGCAGAGAUUUUGUACUCCAAUAAUCCAGAUGGAGAUAUCUUGUGGUUUAAAGCAAAUGUCCCACUGAAAGCAAUUCAAAUAUCAACAAAAUUAUUUCAGGUUAAAACAGA